AUGGAGAAUUUUACUUUACAAGCAAUUGAGCAUCAAUUUAACAACUCGACUUUGCUAAUAAUGAUCAUAGAAUAUGUUUGCCUGAAUGUAAAUGCUGGAACUCCGAUGCCAGAUCUUCACUGCAAAGAAUUUCCUAUCAACCAUUCUGUACCAGUUCAAUUAAUUGUGGCAACUGCAUUUUCAGUGCUAAUUCUAGUUGCUGUUUUAGGGAAUUGUGUCGUUAUGUGGAUCAUAUUAGUACAUAAGAUAAUGCGGAAAGGUUUUCAUUAUUUUUUGUUUAACAUGGCUUUUGCUGAUUUUUUAAUUGCAUCUGUCAAUGUCGGUACAUCUUGGACAUUCAAUUUUUACUACAACUGGUGGUACGGUGAUUUUUGCGCUGUUAAUUUUUUCUUCGGAGUUGCUCCAACUUGUGUUUCAGUCUUCACUAUGGUUGCAUUAAGUCUAGAUCGCUACAAUGCUAUCGUAUAUCCAUUACGCAAACGACAAUUAUCCAUUCAACGGAUAAUUUUUAUAAUAAUGCUUAUUUGGAUCACAGCAGCUGGAAUAUCAGUGCCUCUGGUUUUGAAUUCGCGAACAGAAAAGCAUUUCUAUUUUUCGAAACGGCAGCGUAAUUUGUCAGUUCAAUGGCUUUGCAUCAGUGAUUUCUCCUACAAAAUGAUGCAAUAUAUAUUGCCUUUAUUCGUGCUUUCUACUACCUAUGCACGAAUAGCCCUUGUUUUACGGGAACGAUCCAUGGAGUUAAGCAAAUGGACAAAGGAAGGACAUUAUAUAAGAAUUAAACGAAGGGUCAUCAAAAUGUUGUCAGUCGUUACUGGGAUAUUUAUGGUUUGUUGGCUGCCUUAUCAAUUAUACCAUGCUGUUCUGGAGCGUCUUUUUAAUAAUUUCGAACUAGCGUCAUAUAGCUAUUUAAUAUUUUAUUGGCUAGCAAUGAGUGCUGCAGCUUACAAUCCAUUGAUAUACUGUUAUUUUAACGCUCGAUUUCGAAUCGGUUUUCGUUACGCAUUUCGAUGGGCUCCAUUUGUCCAUUGCACGGUGGAAGAAUAUAAAAAUAGCAUUUUGUUCCCAAAAAAAGAGAAGGGAAUGUCGAGUUAUCGACAUUUUCGAUCGACAAUGUCGAAAUAUUCAGUGCAUUUACACUAA